UUGAGCAGCCUCUGCCCAGCGCCCGGAGGGGACCUGCGCCCCGCGCAGCCAGUGGAGAUGGACCCUCUGGCCGCUCCCCCUCCUUCCAGCCGGCCCUCGCUGCUCCAGUUCUUCAGGAACCUCUUUGGACUCAGGAAGGGCGCGCGGAAGAGCCAAGAGACUGGUGCCGAGAUGGAAGAAGCGGGAAACAGCAGGGACCAAGAAGACACGAACAACCCAGCAAUUUCCACCACCACCGAGUCUGAGCCCAUCCUGCCGGCGGGCAACAAACUAAUGGGCGACCCCGUGGCCAAGGAGUCUCGGGGAGAGAGGCUGGAGGAGAUCGUCAAGGAGCUGAAGGAAAUCAGUCUUGCGGGGACCACAUCGAGCAGGGGCGACCAGUCCCCUUCGACGCCAGACACCAGCGGCAUGGAGAUGGGAGACUCCUCUGACUGGCCCAUGACAGACCUCUCCGAAAGCAGCGGUGGCAUCGAUGGCAGCAGGAGCGAGGAGGAGAAUCACCUUGCAGGGGGAGAAGGGGCAGCUCCUGCUCCUGAUGCUCCUGAUGCUCCGGCUCCUGAUGGAUGGAGGAGCAGGCCCUCACUGCUCCAGCUCCUCAGGAAUCUCCUUGGUCUCAGGAAGAGCACACUGGAGGGCCAAGGAGCCAGUGCUGGGGUGAAACCAAUGGGAAACAUCAAGGACCAAGAUGCAGACAACCCAGCAGAUCCAGCAGCAGCUGAGUCUGAGCCCAUCCUGCUAUCAGGCAAACAGCUAACAGGCAACCCCCUGGCUGAUGAACCUCAAAAAAACACACUGGAGGAGUUUGUGGAGGAGAUCAAGGAAGAACUGAAGGAAAUCAGUCUUGGAGGCGCCUCUCUGAUCAGGGGCAUGGAGAUGGGAGACUCUCCAGGCUUUGCCAACAUCCCUGUGAGUAAGGAAGGCAGAAUGGCACAGGAGCUAGAUGGCAAAACCUCUGGCCAGGAAGUGAAGUUCAUGGAAGAAGCUUCUGGGGACACAGGAUCUUUGAGAAAGGCCAGGGUCCCCCAGGUUCUGCUGGCCGACACUGACGGGCUUGCAUCAGCUGCAGGAGACCUGCCAACACCCGUGGAGGACUUCAGUGCUGAGGACGAGAGAGAGCGCCUGCUCAAAGAGGAUCUUCAUGGAGAAUCUCCCAAGGAAGAGCUGUCUCCCUGGAACAAGCUCAUCAGCAUGUACAAGCAGCAGUGGAAGCUUCCUGUUCCCAAGGAAAACCCACUGGAGUGGAAAAAAGAAGAGGGCUCCCCUGUAAAUCUAACCGCUUAUGGUUUUGCGACACCCAUGCCUCACCACAUCUCUGCAGAGUCCUUUGGCACUACUGUCAUCUGUAGGCUUCCCAGAGACAGAGCGGAGGAGACCAUUGAUCGCUGUGGGAGAACCGAGGUUGACCUGAAAGCAAAUGGACCAGGAGCUCCUGAAGAAGGCUGAGAGUGUGCUCCUCAAACCGACCGGAGAGCGGCCCCAAGACCAAGCUGCAUCAAUUCGUUUGAGCUGCAACCCCUUAUCCACCAGGGGAAAGAAAACUGAGACCUUUUCUUUGGCCCCAACAGGCUGCUGUCUGGAACGAGGACUGUUCCAAAAAGCCCUUUAACUUCACUCUUCUUCCUGUUUCCUCCUUUAUGUCUUUUUAAAGGGCCCCAGGAUGUACCCCCUGCCUUCCCUACCCACUCCCACUACAACCCUUCCCAUCCCUAACCAGCUUGGCUUUUCUUUAGAGUAGGUGCUUUACAUUAAUUGAUUGUUCCCAUGUUUCCCUGUAGGACUCCUUUCCCUGCUAAAGGAAUUCUACGUUCAAUUCAUUUCCCUCUUUAUUUACCCGUCUUUAUUUAUCAGCUCUUCCCAAUUUCCACAUUCAGGAACACCAUGUAAAAAACUGCAGGGGUGUAACUUGGAGGGUAAGAAUAAACAUUUG